UGUCCCGUAAGUAAUAAAUUAAUUUACUCUUUUUUCUGCAUUAUCAUAAUUUCUUUUAUAUUAUAUUUUUUUUAUUAACAGAAUCGGAAUCAGCUUCGAUGGAGCAUUUGCUGCAGUUGUUGCAGCAGCAGCAACAACAACAACAACAAUUGCAGCAGCAACAAGUGGAAGUGCAACGACAGUUGCACUUCCUCUAUGAGGAGCUACAAAAAAAGCAGCCGCCGCAGGAGCAGCCGCCGCAGGAGCAGCCGCUGCAAGAGCAGCCGAUGCAGGAGCAGCAGCAGCAGCAGCAGCAGCAGCAGGAGCAGCCGCAGCAGGAGCAGCCGCAGGAGCAACCGCAACAGCAGCAAAUAUGUAAGUAUUUUACAUUAUUACGUAUUAAUAUUAAAAAUUAUUUUAUUUUAAUAAUGUAUUUAUUUAUUUUUAGACAGAAAAAGAAUAGGGGGCGGUCGCUCAAGGGCCCGUUGGCGAGCGCAGAGGGGGAUACCACCUCGCCGACGUGGCGCCCGUGGCGGCCGAGGGCUACUGGCGAAGGUCCACGUAAAAAAACCUAA